CAGGGCUAUAAAUGAACCGUCUUUUCGACGCGGCAUGUCCUCUGAGCAGCUGGGUCCCCAGAGCCCGCCCAUGACCAUGGAGGCAGGAGCACUGUGGCUGCUGGCAGUGGUCCUGGUCCUGGGGUCCUCCGCCUCGGCCGGGGAGUUCGUGGGCCUGUCGGCAAACCAAUGCGCCAUGCCAGCCAAGGACAGGGUGGACUGCGGCUACCCCGACGUCACCGCCGAGCAGUGCAACAGCAGGGGCUGUUGCUUCGACUCCAGCAUCUUCGAGGUGCCCUGGUGCUUCAAGCCUCUGCAGGAGGCAGAAUGCACAUUUUGAAGCAAAGCCCACUGGCCCCUCGACACCCUGGGAUGUGAGCAUCCCCUCUCUGGGCGCUCUGCCUGCGGUUCUCUGCCAGCUGUGCGCACCUCCGCUUUCCUAUCACCCUGCUCCUGGCAAGCGCUUCUGCUGAAAGCUCAUGAUGUCUGGGGCCUGAUGUUUUAAAGAAUAAAGAUCCGUACUUGGCAUGAAGACAGUUCUUCAUUCCUGA